UUAUAAAAUGAAUUCGCUUAGACGAACAAUUCAAAUUGCACCAAGAUUGACAUCUACAGUCAGAAUGAUGGGUCAUGGUCCAUCUGAUCACGAUACAGCAGGUUCAAUUCGUAGCGCUGGAGGAAGCUUUGCUAAGAUGGAAAUUGCUCAUGAAGAAGAAUAUUUCUACAACUUGCGCAAGGAUCAACUCCAUAAAUUGAAGGAAAAGCAAAUGCAUGAACUCGAAUUCAGAGAGAAGGCUAUUAAGGAUCAUGAAGAUGCAAUCAACAGACAUAAGGUUGCUAUUAAGGAAUUAAACAAGCAAAAACAUUAAGCAAUACUAUAUUCAACCCUUCCCUAUUGUGUGUGCUGUAACUUAACUAAAGACACAAUCAAUUCCAUCACAAAAUUGUUCAAAAUCAAUAAACAAAACAAAAAAUAUAUUUUUCCACACUAACAAGGAAGUUAAACACAAAAUCUAUUCGGAUAUGAAAUAAUACAGAUACAGAAAAUAAUUUGGAUGUGAUCCUACAACUGUGCUUAGUGUUUAGUCCACAAAACAAUUACUUAAACUGCAUUUUUCUUUAUUACAGACCGAAUAGAAUCUUAAGUAUCAAAUAUCUUGCAUUUUUGAUGGAAUUUAGUAGUUUCAACAAAUGAUAAAUUUUCAGUAAU